CAGCCCCCUGCCCAGCUCAUUUCAUUGGAGAUCUUAAUGGCAAAAUGUUCAUGUGUUGCCUGCCAAGGUCCCGAGGCUGCAGGCGGAAGAAAGGGAGCCCUGCGGACGCUGUCCCCCGCUGGGGAUUUCAUGUCAGGACUCCCCACCGCCUCUGGCCAUUUGGUCGGAAGGACAGAAAGAAGGCAACGGAGGACAUGGAGAGGAGGCUGCUGGACACGCCCUCCGUCUCCUCGACAGAGGGGGUGACCCCACAGGGGUCCCCAGGAGCAGAUGCUGGGGAUUGUAGGGGAAGACCUCCUACACAACCCAGACCACUGUCCCAGGUGGUUGUCCACCGGUCAGUGGUCCAGGAGCCAGAGCCCACGGAGGCCAAGGCUGAGGCUGCUCCACCCUCUGAGGACCUAGAGCUGGCUCCAACUCCAUCAGCAGCUCUGGGGGGAGGGGUGGUGCCUACAGCGACUUCAGGAGCACACCAGGAGCCGGCAGGGCUCCCAGAGCCACAUCCAGAGCCCACAGCCCUGCAGGGAGAGCUCCUUGUACCAUCGCCGGACCCCGACGCCUCACCAGAGUGUUUCAUCCCCUUAGUUCCAUUGCCAGACCCUGACGCCUCAUCAGAGUUGGCCUGCAUCUUCCUGUGCUGGGUCUCCUCUGAGCAGUCUGUGAGGCCAGACUGUACCCAUGUCACGGGCAUGGAAGCGAGAGUCCAGAAGGUCCAGACGACCUGUUCCCAGUCCCAGCGUGUGGAGCAUGGGUCAAGGAUGGUCCGCGAGCAGAGGAAGACUUGGGCCCAGGGAGACUGA